CCGCUGGGGGCCAGCGUGGGCGGACGGAGGAGCCCGAGCCCGCGAGAUCCCAAACCGUGCGGAACGAGGACGCGGUUCGUCCCGGAGCCCAGCAUCAACAUAUGGAGCUGAUCCUGAGUUCCAGCCCAGCUGAGCUGACUCUGGAUCCUGCAUGCCAGCCAGAGUUGACCCUGAGAUUCAACCUGACCAAGCUAACCCUGGAUCCUGCACGCCAGCCAGAACUGACCCUGAGCCCCAGGCUAGCUGAGCUGACCCCGGAUUCCACAUGCCAUCCGGAGAUGACCCUCGGUCCUGGCCCAGCUGGGCUGACGCUGGAUCCUGAACAGCAGCCAGAGGAGACCCCAACCCCUAAGCUGGCUGAGCUGACCCUGGAGCCUGUGCACUGCCGACCUGAGCUCCUGGACGCGUGUGCCGACCUCAUCAAUGAGCAGUGGCCCCGCAGCCGUGCCUCCCGCCUGCACUCCCUGGGCCAGUCCUCAGACGCCUUCCCCCUCUGCCUGAUGCUGCUGAGCCCCGGCCACACACCGCAAGCAGUCCCCACUGUGGUGGGCCAUGCCCGUCUGUCGCGUGUGCUGGACCAGCCCCACAGCCUCCUAGUGGAGACAGUGGUGGUGGCCCGGGCCCUGAGGGGCCGUGGCUUCGGCCGCCGCCUCAUGGAGAGCCUGGAGGUCUUUGCUCGGGCCCGGGGCUUCCGCAAGCUGCACCUCACCACCCACGACAAGCUGCACUUCUAUGCCCACCUGGGCUACCGGCUUAGCAUGCCCGUGCAGGGCCUGGCCUUCACCAGCCGGCGGCUGCCGGCCGCCCUGCUCAGCACCUUCUCCAGGGCCCCUCCCCUUCGGCCGCCCUGCAAGGCUCCCAGCCUGCCGGUGCAAGCUGCCCCAAGAGGCCCGAAGGCACCCCCACUGCCGCCACCACCCCCUCCGCUACCUGAGCCCCUGACCACCUCACCCCUGCCUUCAGCAGCGUCCCCCUCAGAAAGUCCGCUGGGGACGCAGUACCACGACCUGAAGGGAUGCCCCAUAUUCUGGAUGGAGAAAGACAUCUGAGAGCACCAGGCCAAGACAGUUUCUGGGCACCUGGACUGCCUAGCACAGUGCCGGCCACAGCCCACGGUCCAUACCUCAGUCCCUAGCCCCUGGGGGGCAGCUCUAGCCUGGACGUGUUUCCCGGACACCAGGAGGGCCAGGAGCUGGCUCUGUAGCUCUGGCUCAGAGCCAUCCAUGUGGCUGAAUAAAGGCUUCCAUCAGGUGUGGCUGUGACAGUUCUUGUUGCCCCCCCCUCACUUCGCAGGUCCCCAUCUCUGUAGACCCAGUUUGGCCCCCGGGACCAUCGAUGGGGGACACCUGGCCUUCACCCCGCCCACUCUGCCUCCCAGGUGGCUGUUCCCUGCCCAUUCAGGAGCACCUGUUGGGUAUCAGGCCCAGAAUUGGACAUAGGAAAUGGAGAACGAGACAGAUAAGGUCUUGACCCCGGCGGACAGAUAGGGAGGGAGUCGGGCAAGCAGUGGCAGGACUCGUGCUGGCACAAGGGAACUCCAGCGGCUGCAGGAGCAGAGACCUGAGUGUUGCAGAGGAAUUAGGCCAGGCCAGCAAGGAGCGGGAGGAGCUGAGUUGUUGGGGGCAGAGGGAGGAAGGCGAUCGAGACAGCUGUGUGAGGGAGAGAGACCAGAGGACACAUGGUGUCUCCGCUCAUGGAGAA